AUGUCCAGGACUCGAUGUGGGGUCCCAGAUAACCCCCGUGCCACAAAUAAUAUCAACUCCCAUGGUCAUAGCCAUCUCAACAUAGGCACUCAUUUUGCUUUCUUCCCAAGUAACCCAAGAUGGCUCCCUGGGCAGACGCAUCUCCUCUAUUUUCUCGACUCUGGCUCCCACCCAGAGACUGCCGGCGCAGUUGCCAAUGCUUUUGGCGCAUGGGCUGCUCACGCCUUUGCACUAACUGAUGGAAGGUUCCAUUUCGAUUGUGAAGAGAAUUGGGUGAUCGGUGCAGUUGCUCAUGCUAUGGAUUUGCAGACUGUUGCUACGCAUGAAAUAGGUCAUCUUCUAGGGCUUGCGCAUACUCCAGUUCAGGAAGCCGUCAUGUAUGCUAUCAUCUCUCCUGGAUCAACCAAGGGUUUGAAUCAGGAUGAUAUUGAUGGAAUUAGAGCUUUAUACGCCGGUUGA